UUAACACAACAGCGAUUGUUGCCUGUAGAACAGUUUCCCAAACCCAGCUGUUAGUGAGAGUAGCUUGUAGUUGACAGGAUGUUAGUAAAUUCCUCAGCAAAUGUUCAUUUUUUAUAGGUAUCUAUUACACAGAGACCCUUUCAUCAAGACUUAAUUGGAGGGUUUUUAUACUGAAUGGAAAAUACUUGCUAUCUACAAUGCAGAAUCAUAUCUAAGGCUGUCCUGUACCUUUAUUCUGGCAAAUCCAUGUUGAAGAUAGAAGACAACACAAAUUCAAAAGGAAGAUUUUUUUGCAGCAUUUGGAUUCUGGAGCUCAAGAUGCCUUUUAUCACUGACUGUGCUGGAUAUGCAAUACCUACUCUAUAGAUGAACUUCUGAGGGAUUAUAGAAAUGAUAGUGAGCAUUUCAUUCUCAUUCAUUCUGUAAAUGCCCCAGUCCGUGGGUAUAAAAUCAAGACAUGUCCACUGUUUCCAUUGAACCUAUGGUGGGGCUGGCAGAGCCAGUUCCUAAUACUACUGACCCACCUCUGAAUACUUCAUCCCAGGAUUCAGCAGCAACCUACACCAUAGGCACUGUCCUCUCCUUCAUGUGUCUAGUUGGUGUGUCAGGUAACAUCUAUACCCUGGUGGUUAUGUGCCAUUCGAUGCGCUCAGCAGCUUCAAUGUACAUCUACAUCAUCAACCUUGCGCUGGCAGAUCUACUCUACCUGCUUACCAUCCCUUUCGUGGUGUGUACACACUUUCUGCAGGGGUGGUAUUUUGGGGAUGUAGGCUGCCGGAUCCUCAUAAGUAUGGAUUUCCUCACUAUGCAUGCAAGCAUCUUCACCUUGACGGUCAUGAGCACCGAGCGUUACUUUGCUGUGCUCAAGCCCUUUGACACAGUCAAACGUUCCAAGAGUUACCGCAAGGCUAUUGCAAUGCUUGUGUGGGUUGCCUCUCUUGUACUCACCCUACCAAUGAUAAUUGGAAUCGAGCUCAAGGCAGUAGGCAACAAACACAUGUGUCAGCCCACAUUGGAUGAACUCUCCUACAAGAUCUAUAUCUCCUUCCUGUUUUGCACCAGCAUAGUGGCUCCCGGGAUGAUUAUUGGCUACCUGUACAUUCGACUUGCUCGCACAUACUGGAUCUCCCAGACAGAGACCUUCAAGCAGACCAAGAAGCUCCCCAAUCAGAAGGUGCUCUAUCUAAUCUUCACCAUUGUCUUGCUCUUCUGGGCUUGCUUCCUUCCCUUCUGGAUCUGGCAGCUUCUGGGCCAGUUCUACCAAACCAUGAGACUUUCAACCAAAAUCAAGCGCAUCAUCAAUUAUCUGACCACCUGCCUGACAUAUAGCAACAGCUGCAUCAACCCUUUCCUUUACACAUUGCUCACCAAGAACUAUAAAGACUAUCUGCAUAAGCGUCAGAGGACCUGGACCACAGGUAGCUACUUCAGCCGGCGGAACCGCUUCCAGCGAUCCCCUCGCCGCUCCCUGUCCUCCAGCAGUCAACAGUGCACAGAAAAUUUUGUGUUAUCACAUACCUCACGCACCAACAACAGCAGUUUGUAAGGGACCAAGGAGAGACAGACUGCCAAACUCAGAAGUAAAGUUGCAUCCCAUGCUAAAAGAGGAAAAGUGGUGGACCCGAUUCAACGCUCAAUAGAUGACAUAUCACCGCGGCCUCAUAGAUUUCGGGUGCCUCAAAACAGCCAAGCAUGCUUAGGAAAGGAAAAGUAUUAUGAGUACUGUCUUUGCUCUGCCUCCAGUCUUUCACAGAAUUGUUACCUUUACAGUUGAUUUGUGCACCUGACCUCCUCGUUGAUGCUUGGCAGAAGUGUAAUACCUCAUUAAUCUGUAUCCACAUUUUACUCCAUGGUAUUUAUCUAGUAAUGAAUGAGCUAUCCACACAGAACCAAGCCCCUUUUCUGCAUGUUUUCAACCACUGAUAAAAGAACAAAAAACAAAAUGCAUGUUCUUCGUGAGUUUACAAAGAGCUUUUUUUAUCAUGUCAGUCAAAUGUAAAGUUUAAAGGUUUGUGUGCAAUGUAAGAUAUAUAAUUAAACAACACUCCCAAUCUGCCAUUAUCUUUUGGCUCUGUAGUGCAGCACAUUCUUUGCAUGUAAAACAUGCAGGCAGAGGGUUUCCUUGUGGUCUAAUGCUUCUUUUUUUUGAGAAUCUGAAAAGUAUUUCAGAUAUGCAGGAUUAUUAUGUGCUGCUCUCACAAUUUUCUACAUAUGGUCAAGGGCAACUAAUGUGCUUGUAUUUCAUUAUCUGUGUGACUGUCAAUGCAUCUUUCAUCUUAGAAUUACAAGUACCGGUAUUCUAGCAUUUCAUGAUGUGAAAAUCUGAUGACAUCAGUGACUGACCCAAUUACUAGCUGUUUUGAUAGUGUUUUUAUUCAAACAAAUUUCCUUUCUACUUUGCACCACUGUGUUACACUUGUGACGAGGCUUUAAUCCGUCAGCUGUUUUAGUAACUGUCUGUAAUAAUAUACAAAAGAUUAUCAGGAAAAGCACUCUAAUUAUAUCUAAGAUAUCAUUGUGGUUUGAUUAAACCGAAGGUUGCAAGCCUC